GUUCGGACGUGUUUUCCAGAAGCAGCUUUCCAACAUCGCGAAGCGACACGGUGAACCAGGCUGGUCGCGCGACUCGCGAUCUCCGACACUUAACUACGCGCGCUACACCCCGCACGCACGUACGCGCGUUAUCGACGCCGGGGGGGGCUGCAGUGCUCGACGAGGGAAAGAGAGAAAGCGCCAAGGGAGGUUCGAUCGGUCGGGAAAUCGAGCGUUCGUCGGGAUAAAUCGCGCGAGAACGGGCAGCCGUGUCGUAGUACGAGCUCGCACCCUCUUCCGCGUCGGUAGAGCCUUCGCGAGAAUCAACCACCUGUCUGCCCAGCGAGGACGCCGAGACGAAGGGGAAAACGAAAUCGCCGCUGAGUCGAACGGACGAUCUGCUAAGACGUAGCCGACACGUAAAAUGGUUGCUUCACAAAACGACGGUGGCAGAAGCAUGGGAGGCGGCGGCGGAGGCGGCGGCGGCGGCGGCGACGACACGGUUUACACGGUGACCGUGAGCGGGGUCGGUUAUAGAAAUGAGGGUUACAAGGACGACGGCACCGACGGCAUACCGCCGGAGCCGCAGAAGCCGCCGCAGCUGCCGGCCGCGGACGACGACACGCAGUCGCGGAAGUUCAAGCUGUCGCGCGGCGAAAAGUGGCGCAUCCUGAAGAACAUCGGCACCGUGUCAAUUGCCUUCAUGGUGCAGUUCACCGCGUUCCAGGGCACGGCGAAUCUGCAGUCGUCGAUCAAUGCCAGCGACGGCCUCGGUACAGUCUCGCUUUCGGCGAUCUACGCCGCCCUGGUGCUCUCUUGCAUCUUCGUGCCGACUUUCCUCAUCAAGAGGCUCACCGUCAAGUGGACCCUCUGCCUGUCCAUGCUGUGCUACGCGCCGUACAUCGGCUCCCAAUUCUAUCCCAAGUUCUACACCCUGGUGCCGGCCGGCGUUCUCCUCGGUCUCGGCGCCGCGCCCAUGUGGGCCGCCAAGGCCACGUAUCUCACGCAGGUCGGCGGCGUCUACGCCAAGAUCACCGACCAGCCGAUCGACGCCAUCGUCGUGCGGUUCUUCGGCUUCUUCUUCCUGGCGUGGCAGACGGCCGAGCUCUGGGGCAACCUUAUCUCCUCGCUCGUAUUGAGCGACGGCGGCCACGGCGGCGGCGGUGGCGGCAGCAGCAGCAACAGCACGGGCAGCUGGGACAAGAUCAAGCUGUGCGGCGCUGAUUUCUGCAUCCUCGGCAACGGGGGUCACGAGAACCUAGAACGGCCGCCGGAGUCUGAGAUCUACGAGAUCUCUGCGAUCUACCUCACCUGCAUCAUCGUCGCGGUGAUCAUCGUCGCGCUGUUCGUCGAUCCGCUCUCCAGGUACGGCGAGAAGCAACGACGUUCGGACAGCCAAGAGCUGAGUGGCAUCCAACUGCUCUCUGCUACGGCUUACCAGCUGAAGAAACCCUACCAGCAACUGUUGAUACCCAUCACGGUAUGGAUCGGCAUGGAGCAGGCCUUCAUCGGAGCCGAUUUCACGCAGGCGUACAUCUCCUGCGCCCUGGGCGUCCACAAGGUCGGCUACGUCAUGAUCUGUUUCGGGGUGGUCAAUGCCGGCUGCUCCUUGCUGUUCGGCUCGUUAAUGAAAUUCGUCGGCCGACAGCCGCUGAUGGCGCUGGGUGCCAUCGUUCACGCCUCCCUCGUGGUCGUCCUCCUCAUGUGGAAGCCUCACCCUGAUAAUCCCUAUAUUUUUUACUCCGUCUCCGGUCUGUGGGGUGUGGGCGAUGCUGUGUGGCAGACCCAGGUUAACGGACUCUACGGCACGUUGUUCAGGCGCAACAAGGAGGCGGCCUUCUCCAACUACAGGCUGUGGGAGAGCGCCGGCUUCGUGAUCGCCUACGCGUACAGCACGCACCUCUGCGCCCGUAUGAAGCUGUACGUGAUGCUGACGGUGCUGAUCACCGGCACAAUGGGCUACAUCGUCGUCGAGCUGCUGCACAGGCGCAAGCAACGGCGGCUCAAGGCGAUCGCCGAGGACCCGAAGGCCGCCCAAGCCGAGGCGAAUCAGCCGGAAGAGACCGACGACGAGAAGGACGAUCUCGACGACGAGAUCAUCAUCACCCACCUGUGAGCGGCUACGUGGUCGUUCCUCUCUCAUCUUC